AAUGACGACCACGACGCCAUCUAUAGGCAAGCACAGCCGUUACUUCACCACCGUCACUCCCGAACGUUUCGCCGUACUCCGCGGCCGCUUCGACCAGUUCAUCGACGAGCUUCUCAUGGACGUGCCGGUCGUUAAGGUCUUCGACCAGCUGCGGGAGGAACAGCUGGAACAGCUGGCCGUCAUCAGGGAGGUCAGCCAGACGCUGCAGCAGAAGAAGGAUGACGAUAUCUUGAAGGCUAAGCAAGCAGCAGAGGAAGCCGAGAAGAAAGCCGCGGCUGAUGCAGCAAAGAAAGAAGAAGAAGAUAAAGUGGAAGAAAGCAAAGAAGGAGAGGAGGAGGUGAAAGAGGAAGACAAAAAGGAGACUGUAGCGGCGUUGUACUCGCAAUAAAUAUCUAUUUAAAAAUAUUAUUCUAUUUAUUCACGAUAAAAUAUAAGUUAAGAGA